AUGUCCGGUAGAGGUAAAGGUGGAAAAGGUUUAGGAAAGGGUGGUGCCAAGAGACACAGAAAGAUCUUGAGAGAUAACAUCCAAGGUAUUACAAAGCCAGCUAUCAGAAGAUUGGCCAGAAGAGGUGGUGUUAAGCGUAUUUCUGCUCUUAUCUACGAAGAAGUCAGAGGUGUCUUAAAGUCCUUCUUAGAAAACGUUAUCAGAGAUGCUGUUACUUAUACUGAGCACGCCAAGAGAAAGACUGUUACCUCUUUAGAUGUUGUUUACGCAUUAAAGAGACAAGGUAGAACCUUGUACGGUUUUGGGGGUUAA